GGAUACCGGUGUUGGACAUCGCACCCACAGAUCUACCUGCGGAAGACACUGGCAUAGGCGACGCCGUCAUCAGAUCUACGGAGCACCGGUUGGGGACUACCUGCAAAGCUUCCGACGGAGUCACUCCAGUUUCCCUCAACAUGAUCGAACCAGAAGGUCAGAAAGUCCAAGGUCUGCAGUUCGCGGCAACGGGUACACGCGUCCUUCAGGCACACAGGGGGACACCUGCUAUUAAAAAAGAGCUGUGCCUUUACCCGCUGGCUGUAUUUAUUGUUCUAUUCACAACGGCGUUCUUCGUCUUACUUCUGAAGAGGUUCUACCUCGGGGAUGGUUUCAAACUAGAGAGGACGAUGCUACCCGAGAUGUGCAGGGCCAUAAACUGUGUUCAGGAGGCGAACUACUUGAGUAAACUGCUUUCCUUAGCUCUGGAUCCUUGCGACAACUUUUACAGGUUCGUCUGUGACCGUUCGACGAGGGAAUAUUCGAUCUUAAGAGAUGUUCAUGAGGGGCCUACCGAUCGUUACGUCGGGAAACUCGAAGCAAUGAUGUACCCUCUGCUCACGAGCGGGAAUCAAACCGAUGUUGCUCCAGUGCUACGUAGUCUCUUUAACCAAUGCAGCAAUGAGAAAAAAGUAGUCGAGGACGGCUGGAAACCGGUGCUUGAGCUCAUGUCCCGAGUAUCGCUUCAGGGGUUCCCACUCACGUCACCCAUCGAAGACGUGUCAGUCUGGAAAGUGGCGGCGAAACUACUUCGAAAGACUGGAACGGCAGCGUUUUUGAGCGUCAGCGUCACUUCCCAUCCAUCGACCAGAAAAGACAUCGCUUCUCUAGACCUGCCCGAAGCUCUAUCCAUGAUUUCCGGUGUGGAAAUGAGCGAAAUUAUCCGAAUCUACACAAAAUCAGUCUUCUACGCCGUCAGCGUGCUCGCUGAAAAACAGGUUCCAUCCGUCCACAUGCUUAAUGUCGUCAGAUUCGCGAGUGAAUUAGAGAAGCUUUACCAGAACCACAGCAUUAACCGCACUUCCCAGCUAAAGAAGUUUGACCCCGAGUCUCCUCUUCACUACUUCCUGUCUGAAGUGUUUGCGAAUGUACCAGGCAUUGUCUACGCUUCCGGAGGGAACUCUGAAGUGAUCAUCAACGCUCCCGAGUUUUGCUCCGAGUUGCAGCGGUUAGUAGACAGCACCGAACCUCACAUCGUCAUGAACUUUCUUGGCGUGAGACUGCUAAUUCAUAUAGCACCGUUUUUGCCAUGGCCUGAUCUGCACGAUGUCUUCAGCAGCCUCGUUUAUCAGAAGUCUCGGUUCGGAGUUGAACGGUGGAGGUUUUGCCUCCGCGCCGUGGAACAGGCCUUGCCUUCUCUGUUCCUACAGUUUUCGCUGCUCGCCAUCGGCAACCGCAGACUGAUAGCUAUGUCUACGAAGCUUGUCACCGCUAUCAAACGAGAGUUUCUGAGCAACAUACAUAGCACGACUCACCUCAACAAUGCUUCAAAGACCGUCAUUCAAGUCCUGAUCUCCACCACGACGUUCAAAAUUAUGGGGGCCUCCUGGAUAUAUAACAAGAAUCUUGAUAUGCAGAUUGAUGAUCCUGCAUUGUAUAAGAUAAACAGCGCCCUUCACUCUUACGUCAGUGUUCAAGAAAUGGCCUUCAUGACAAAAAUUGCCCGUGGGUCUUCAAAUAGAUGGCCUCUGUCGGCAUUCAGCACCGACUGCUGGUACGAGAGCGGCUCCAGAACCAUCUACGUUCCGAUGCUCAUCUUUAGCGUGUCCCUCAGAGGCAGCGACACUUCUCAGAUUGCUCAAGCCGGGAUAUGGAUUGGUCGCUGCAUUUUUUACAUGCUGCUAUACGUAGCCAACUCUAAAAAUAUUUCCGGACAGUGGCUGAGCGACGAGGCGAGGUAUGUUCAAAUAGCCAGUCGGCUCCUAUGCCCUUGUAGAUGUUCAAUUUUCGUGAGCUGUGACUGGUAGAAUAGAGCCACAAUAUUAGUGGCAAUGUUGUUCUUAAGGGUGCUAUUUUUAUCUGUCGAUCAGAGUGACAUCCAUGCGUGUUAGGUCUCGCGUUUGUUGAGACAAAUGGCGUGAUAGGAAUUAAUGUUUAA